AGAUUGCAUAAAGAUUUCAAGGUAUAGCAAAAUGCACCAUAAUCUAAAAUAAACUGAUGUAUAUUUAAAACAAAAAUGCUGCAAAGAAAAACGUUCGAGGUUCCACCGAUAAGCACACUCGCUUUUCACCAAAGCGACCCGGGUCGAUUCCCGGCUUGGGGGCAUGUCCUGUUUAAGGCUGUGCUGUUCGGACUUCUGUUUACUAUUGACAGAAUGUCAUGUGCAAACCUUGCGAAUAAGUACUUGGUAAACAUCCACCUUGAUGGUGAUUGUGAUGAUUCCAACAUAGACAGAUGCUUGGAGAGAAUUGUCGAGAAACUUUGCAGACCCUCUUCAGCUGUAAACUGUUUUCUGAAAUAUAAGGUCGUGGGUGAUUUUCAGGCCGUUUUUGCCCUGAAUGUUCGGAAUGCUAUCAUUCUCGAUCGGCGAAUAAAUAGCAUAGGAAGGUUGGGGUUUCGUAAAGUACAAACUAUCCCACUUCUCGACUAUGGCGUUUUCUGCAAGUCAGUUCUCAAAGUCGAAGAUGCAUUGGUUGAAAAUGUCAACGAAACACUCCUUAUGUACGAUUUAGAAGCCCUCUGGAUAGAGGUUAACAUAGAAUUCACCGGCUUGAACGGCACUGAAGUAAUUGACCUCUGGAAGCGAGAGGCGGAGUCUGUACUGCAGACAAUCGGAAGUGGCGUCCACUUGGUACCCCUUAAAGUCUCCGGGGAUAAAUCAGCACAUUUCUUUGCCACACUAACUACCACCCAGAUCGAGUCGAUAUUUUUUCUGAACCCUCUUUUUGACGAAAAUGGCGACAGGGUCAAAGUGAAUAUCAAGACAGUGUUGCAACUUCUACCCCCGACGCCAGCACAGACGUAAUCUUCAAAACAAAAUGAAUACUUUGCAUUGGCCGCUUGUGAACAAAUGUAAAACUAAUAAUAAAAUGCAUCCUUAAAAACUUUG